UGGUAAAGAACACAGUGCCUCACGUGGAGCUUGGAACUGACCUCUGGUAUUGCUCAUAAUCAGCAGAGUUUUCUCCAGACUUUUGACAUGGAGACUUCCAACUCUAGGUCUGUGCAUGUGGAUGAAUGGCAGAAGAAUUACUUCGUAGUUACAUCCCGCACAUGUACACCAAGACAGAAGGCAGAUGCAUAUCGUGCACUUUUACUCAGUAUUCAAUAUGCAUGUGCCAACUCUGAGAUCUCUCAGGUCUGUGCUACCAAGCUGUUCAAAAGGUACACAGAAAAAUAUUCUACAAUUAUUGAUUCUGACAAUGUGGAAACUGGCUUGAAUAACUACGCAGCGAGCAUUUUUCCUUUGGCAGGAUCUCAACAGGCUGACAGUGACAAGUGGCAAUCUGGAUUGUCAAUAAAUAAUGUUUUCGAAAUGAGUAAUGUACAGGGGAUGAUACAAGCUGGCAAGAAAUGGAAAGAGUCUCUCUUGGAACCUGCUGAUGCAUCAGUAGUCAUCUAUAAAGAACCUACUGUCUUUGAGCUUUCUGAACCUAGUGUGUGUGUAAGUUCUGGAGAGCCUGACACAGAUAAGACCCAAGCUAUCCCAGAGAGCAGUCGGAGACAUUCCCCAUUUCAGACGUGUCCCACCUCCUCAGCACCAAUAGGUGAGUCAGCCACUACAACAUUUCACACUACACCAUUAUUUGGAAAUACCAAAAAGGAAACUCACAGCUCUCCUAAAACCAGCACAGGACUAAAUAUGUUCUUAUCUAAUGUGUCUUGUUUCCCUUCUGGCUGUGAAAAUUCACGAGAAAGGAAGGCUUUUUAUGAUCCUGGCACCAUUGACAUGCUUUCCAAUUCAACACUGAAUAAGGCUUUUAGUAAGACUGAAGACAGUGGCCAGAGGGAAGAUAAUAGCCUACCUGCCUUUAAAACUGCAAAAGAACAAUUAUGGGUAGAUAAAAAGAAAAAGUGCCACCAAUCCCAGCAUACAUCCAGAUCUUCAUCUAUUGUGAAAAAGUCCCUGGGAGCUGGGAGAUCAAGAGGAAUAUUUGGAAAGUUUGUUUCUCCUGUAUCUAAUAAGGAAGAUGGAAGUGAGCAGAGUGGAAGGAUGAAGCAGAAGUCUACUAGGGCAGAUUCUACAGAACCAACACACCUCUUUGAUGACUGUCUGAAGAACGUAGAGCCAAGGAUGGUUGAACUUAUUAUGAAUGAAAUUAUGGACCAUGGGCCUCCAGUACACUGGGAAGACAUUGCCGGAGUAGAAUUUGCCAAAGCCACAAUAAAGGAAAUUGUUGUGUGGCCCAUGCUGAGGCCAGAUAUCUUUACUGGAUUACGAGGACCCCCUAAAGGAAUUCUGCUUUUUGGCCCUCCAGGGACUGGUAAAACUCUUAUUGGCAAGUGCAUUGCUAGUCAGUCUGGAGCAACGUUCUUCAGCAUCUCUGCUUCGUCUUUGACUUCUAAGUGGGUAGGUGAGGGGGAAAAAAUGGUCCGUGCAUUGUUUGCUGUUGCAAGGUGUCAGCAGCCAGCUGUGAUAUUUAUUGAUGAAAUUGAUUCUUUAUUGUCUCAACGAGGAGAUGGUGAACAUGAAUCUUCAAGAAGGAUAAAAACGGAAUUUUUAGUUCAGUUAGAUGGAGCAACCACAUCUUCUGAAGACCGUAUUCUUGUGGUGGGAGCCACAAAUCGGCCCCAAGAGAUUGAUGAGGCUGCCCGGAGAAGAUUGGUGAAAAGGCUUUAUAUUCCCCUCCCAGAAGCUUCAGCCAGGAAACAGAUAAUUGUUAAUCUCAUGUCUAAGGAACAGUGUUGCCUCAGUGAUGAAGAAACUGAACUGGUGGUGCAGCAGUCUGAUGGGUUUUCUGGAGCAGAUAUGACACAGCUUUGCAGAGAGGCUUCUCUUGGUCCUAUCCGCAGUUUGCACACUGCUGACAUUGCUACCAUAAGCCCAGAUGAAGUUCGACCAAUAACCUAUAUUGAUUUUGAAAAUGCUUUUAGAACUGUGCGACCCACUGUAUCUCCAAAAGAUUUAGAACUUUAUGAAAAGUGGAAUGAAACAUUUGGUUGUGGAAAGUGAACACAGCAAUUGAAGGGAGAAGCUGUCAUGUAGUAGUAGUUUUUUUAACUUUAGCAUAGGAAGCUUGGGUGUGCUACUUGUAUUGUUUUGGAGUAUAUCCUGAAUUCUAUGCCUCAGAAUAACAGCUUGCCUACUGAUUGAUAUAUUAGUAUGUUGUAUUUGCCUUCCAGUUACUGUGUUAUGUAUAAGCUCAUGUCAUUUAAAUAGAAUUGUUUUGUGUUCUAAGUGAAUUGAUAUUAGAAUUUUAGUAUGGCAAUAAUAGGCUUUGUCAGUAUAGUAUGGCUUACAUUUGAAACAGCAUUGCUAUCUUGGCCUAGAAAGAGUUAAAAUCUUACCAAAGGCUAGAGUGAAAGCAACAAAACUAAACUACAUUAACCUAUGCUGGUUUGUGACUUGUUUUGUGUUUUUUUUUUCCCCCUAUCAAAAUUAACUGAUAAAAACAUUAGAAAUAGCAAGAUGUAAUCUGCUGUCACAGUUGUACCCUGCCCAAACAAAAGACAGUAAGUAUGUUUUUUUGUUUUUUUCCUCCAACGGGUCUAGAAUGUUUUCCAUUAAUAUUUUAUCUGGUAAUACUUGAAAACCUAUUAUUUCACCCUCUUUCAAAACUAAAUGUUUUUAAAUUAUUGUAUCGUUUUGUAAAACAUGUUCACUGUAGAAACUUAGAAGCAAAGAGAAUAAAAAUUGU